CCACCCUUAGCGCCUUGCAGUAUGUGAGGUGUUCUUCUUCCUGUUAAACGGUCGUUGAAAUAUUUAUAAAGUCGAAUCGUAGAUACGCUGAAAUUUUUGCAAUUGUUUUCGCGAUUGGAUCGUAUUUCGUUUUUUGUAUUCGGUUUUGUUUUUUACGCGAUAAGUAUAUAAUUUUAAUCGCCGAUGUUUUUAUAUUUAGUAGUUAUUUAAUUCGUGUGAACGUGACCUUGCGGUUCGGUUUGGUUUUUAACAAAAAUAUCAUCUAUACUUUUAUUCGUGUGUUUGAUUAUCAUGAUGUGUGAAUGUGUGAAAUUAAAUGUGUCUUCGACGUGAUAAUUUAGCUUUAUUUACUUGAAAUAUCAAGAGGUGUGUUUCAUCAUCUAAAGACAUUCCAAUGAUAUACCAAACGGGUAUAUGAUGGAGAUAUUGUGAUCAAGAUCCCAUCGCAAAUUGAAUCGAAUACUUUCCAGUCACCGUCAUGAAUUUGCUAUCGAUGCUGCUUCUCGGCAUUAUCUUGGCCAUCGUCGCAUUGAACUAUUCGUCAGGCGUUAUAGCUAUUCACCAGCCAAAGAAACGGUUUUCAGGAUUAUAUACUGGGCCUUACUUUGAUCCUACUACCAGCACGAAUAUCACAGCACAGCUUGGAACGCAUGCUUAUCUACCAUGUAAAGUCAAACAAUUAGGAAAUAAAUCGGUAUCAUGGAUAAGACGAAGAGACGCACAUAUAUUAACAGUAGAUAGGUACACAUUCAUAGCAGACGACAGAUUUCAAGCCUUCCUAGUCGAAUCAACUGACACGUGGACGUUACAAAUAAAAUACGUACAAGCCAGAGAUCAGGGUCAAUACGAAUGUCAAGUCAGCACCGAACCAAAAAUGAGCCAUUUCAUUACAUUAAACGUUGUUGUGCCAAACAUCGAAAUAAUCGGCGAAUCUGAUAUACACGUGAAAGCCGGCAGCACCGUCAGCAUUAAAUGUGUAAUUACGCAAAGUUUAGAAGAGCCAGCUUAUAUUUUUUGGUAUCACAACGACAGAAGAGUAUUAGAUUAUGAUCAUAAUGAGAAAGAUAUUAAAACCGAAAGGUUGAAUCACGAUACUACAGUCGGUACGCUCACAAUAUUCCACGCCACCUCUGACAAUGCUGGUAACUACACAUGCAGUCCUUCCAAUUUAGACUCAGCCAGUGUGCUGCUACAUGUUCUGAAUGGAGAACAUCCAGCAGCAAUGCAAAGAGGCAAAAACGCAGCAUCCCCUAUACCAGGACGAUGGUGGGGUCCAUUAUCAGCUGGCCUCGGUUUCAGUACAUGUUUAUCUACGCGGUCAGCCUUAACUAUAAUAUUUUUAACCGAAAUCGCUAGUCAUAUUAUACUCGGCAUUUUUACGUAACAUUUUAUAACAUUGUGUAUAUAUUUUGUAAUUUUUUUUCCAAUUUGAAAAAAAAUUAUCUACUCGAAGACUUGAUUAUGUAAACAUUAAAUGCUAGAAUGCGUUAUAUUGUUAAUUUUAUCGAUUUUUUUUUGUUUUUUUGUUUUUUCGUUAUCACGAAUGAAAAUUUCAAAUCGGCGAAUGAACCCGAGACAUAAAUAUCAGUGUUACCUGUUCGUUAAAUUCGCUCCUCCCUCCUUACUUAAAAUUAAAAUUGGAACGAUAUACAAAAAUGUAUACCAGAUAUUAGUUAUAUUUUGUUGAGUACUUUUUAUUCAUUGUUUACUAUUUUUUUUUUGUUUUUAUUUUUAGGCGCGAAAUAGGUAUGUUAUAAUUUUUUUUUAAAAAGUUGUUCUUAUACGAUUAACGUUUGUACCUUUAAUUUAUCGAAUUUUUAAGCUUCGUGUAAAUAGGUUUACAUUUUACCGCGAUGUCAUUAGAAAAAAACGUUUUUAAAGCUCAAAAAAAAAAUUCCAGUGUAAAAAAAUAAUUUUAAAAAUUUUUAUACCAAUUGCCUCCUCCAUCAUUUAUGAAUAAAUUUAAUACUUUAUAUAAAGAAAAAAACUAUUUUUUUAUCCUUAUAAUGUUUAUCGCAGCGAAAUCAUGAACGUUUAUAAAGUAUAAGCUGGUGUUAAAGUAGUGCUAUUAUGUAUUAUCUAACGCUGUUUUUCCUCCUCUUUUUUUCGUGUAAAAAAAUGUGAUUUGUGUACAGUAAUUUAACGAUUUUCUUAUUUUAAUUACUCAAUUCUUAUCAUACAUAAAUGUAAAUUUUUUUUGUAUAAAAAAUGUGAGAAUGAUUGAAAAAAUUGUGUACUCAGAAGGUCUGCAAAAUUUUUUGGUAAAACUUCGAUAAUUUAAUUAUCGAAAUUUCGUAUUUGGGGUGAAAUUCAACUUCAAAAGGUGGAGAAUGUUACCUGUUAAAUUUUACGAUUAUGUAGUCAAUCUUCGAUGAGUUCGCAGUGCAAUUUUUUAUGUGUGCGAAGAAUGAUGGAAGAAAUAUUGGGGGGUUUCAAAUUGUUUAUUUUUUCAUAAUAAGAAUAAGUAAAUAUGCAUUGUGAUACCUAUUGGUGGAAGAAUCAAUAAUUUAAAUUAUUAGGAAGUAAGCAACUUAUUUGUGAUCAGAAAAAAUUGCUGUGUUGAGAUUUUGAUUCGUUAUUAGUAAACGGUAUUUUUUUAAUGUCUUAAUAUUUAAAAAAAAUAAUUUAUUCGAAACAUUAUUUUUUUUUUUAAUUUAAAAAGAAAGACUCUAGUUUCCAACAAAUUCAAUAUCAUAAAAUUAUUAUAAUUUUUAUAAAAUGUAUCUACCUAUCAUAAUUUUAAUUGCAAUGUUCCUAUCUUCCAACAUUCUUCGAGCAAAAACAAAUGCAUUUAACGAAGAAUGCAUUUGUUUAAAAAAUUUUAUACCCCUCGAACGGCCAUAAUUACAUUUAUUCUAUUAAUAUUUCAUUCCUGUAUUUUUAUUUUUUUGUUUACUUUUUCUCAUUUUUAUGUAUUUUGUUUAUAUUAUACCUACCUACAUUCUAUGUUUCGUUACGGUUCUAGUGAAAACGUUGAAUUGAAAAGUAAGUGUACGCUUGGCGAUGUACAUUUUGCUGCGAAAGCUGUAUUUAUCGGUUAUUUACGAAGUUGACUAUUUUUUUGUUUAAUUAUUUUUUUUAACGAAUGAAAAAAAUUGUAAUUAUUUUACUUUUUACUAUCUUUAAGGAUAUAUUUACCAAUAUAAUGUUGAAUUGAACGAUUACAUCAUUGUAAAUAAAUUAUUUGUGUCUAUUAAAAUAAAUAAGUAAUUAUUAAAAAA